AUGUCUUCCUCUGCAAAUACUGUUCCCGAGACUCCCCGAGUCAUCUCGCCCUCGCCCUCGUUGUCCGACAGAUCUGAGGCACGUGAUGGCUAUUUUGCGCCGACGACGAGGUCGGCAUCGCGUCGACAGAACUUGUCUGGUGUCACAGAAGAAGGUUCUGGUACCGAGAGGUCACAUAGCCCGCCGGAUUCCACACCCUCGACUUCGCGCAACCGUCGGCCCAAACGGCGGUCCAACCCUAAAAUUCCAGCCUCGCCCCCGGCCACUGAUAACAAAGCCUCUAACGGCUUCCUGUCGCCAAAGCUACCGGAUUCCUUGCGCGACAUUUCGCGCUCUCCCUCACCGCUCGGUCUGAUCCCUCUACACACGCGGUAUCGCAGUUUCAUUCAUCGCCAUGAAAUUCCUCGGAAGCUCCUGCACGUCUCGAUCGGAUUCCUGACGCUCAACCUCUACAGCCGCGGUGUUCAAACAUCACAAAUCACACCAGUGCUCUUCUCCGCACUCGUUCCGAUUGCAGCCACGGACAUCUUGCGCCAUCGCUCGGAGAAAGUCAACAAGGUAUACAUUCGGUGUAUGGGUGCUCUCAUGCGAGAGACCGAGGUCUCUGGCUACAAUGGUGUGAUCUGGUAUCUCCUCGGCGCGUACGUCGUCUUGCGAUUCUUCCCCAAGGAUGUCGGAGUCAUGGGUGUGCUUCUUCUGAGCUGGUGUGAUACCGCUGCAUCCACGUUCGGCCGUCUCUAUGGUCGCUAUACACCACAUCUGCGGCCUGGAAAGAGCCUGGCAGGGACCACGGCCGCUUGGCUUGUUGGUGUCGUCACGGCGGCAGCGUUCUGGGGCUGGUUUGUCCCCUAUGUGGGUAGCUUCCCGAAUGAUGCUCAGGGUGCAUUCAUGUUUACGGGUCGCUUGAACUUGCUGCCGGACUGCGUUCGAGGUCUAUUGGGUUGGGAGACUGGUGUCACUUCUACCACAAUUACUGGCUCUGUGGCCCUGGGUGUGAUGAGCGUUGUUUCUGGCAUUGUGGCCGCCGGCAGCGAGUUCAUCGACCUGUGGGGGUGGGAUGAUAACCUGACGAUUCCUGUCCUGAGUGGAUUGGGUCUCUGGGGUUUCUUGAAAGUUUUCGGCUAA